AGUAAAAGUAAGUUAGUUUGUGGCUGCUCUUUGUAGGUGGCCGCGGAGUGCUUUUGGAUGGUAGUGUAGAGCAGUCGUCUGUAGUGAUCGUACACGAGCGGCAAUGGCCAUGGCUAGCUUCGUAGCCGGCUUGUUGAUGCAACUUCUCCUCAUUUGGAGCAUGGGAGCUGAACGGACAAUGGCAGUUACGCACAAUGUACCGGAGACGUUCUAUGCUCAUACCGCUACCGAUAUACAUGGACAGGAAAUUGAAAUGGGUCAAUAUCGUGGAAAGGUCGUCCUCAUUAUCAAUGUUGCCAGCGAAUGCGGGUACACUGAUUCCAAUUACAAGUGGCUGAGCAAGCUAAGCAAACGCUACUCCAAGCACGGCCUUGCCAUCUUGCUCUUUCCUUGCAAUCAGUUUGGACGCCAGGAGCCUGGGUCCAAUCCCGAGAUUGCCAACUUCAUUGGCAGACAGGACGUCAACGAGGCAAAGAUGUUUGAGAAAGUCGAUGUGCUGGGAGAGGAUGCUCACCCAUUGUUCUCCUUCCUGGAGCACCGUACGGGACACUCGGCCAAGUGGAACUUUGCCAAGUACCUGGUUGAUGGCAGUGGCGACUACGUGCGCUUCUACAGCACCACAGAGCAGCUGGAGACGGUCGAGGACAUGAUAAGGCAGCUACUGAGCAUGCACACAAACCUCUCAGAUCUCUGAGUAAGAAUAGCCCAGGUACUGGUUACUGAGCAUGCACACACACCUCUCAGAUCUCUGAGUAAGCAUGGCCAAGGUACUGUGUUGAGCGGUAUUCGUGGCACCGGCUCAACAUAUCAACAUUUCACUAGGUACUAAAUUGCUACUAAUUAUUUAUCGGUUUCUGUGAAGACUUGUUUGCUUGAUUUGAUACUGUUUCUUAUUCCUGCUGAAAUCAAAGGAGGGGUGGUGAAAAAUGACCAUUCUUCUUUCCAAUAGA